AUGGCUGAAAAUGGUGAUAAUGAAAAAAUGGCUGCUCUGGAGGCCAAAAUCUGUCAUCAAAUUGAGUAUUAUUUUGGAGACUUCAAUUUGCCACGGGACAAAUUUUUAAAGGAACAGAUCAAACUGGAUGAAGGCUGGGUUCCUUUGGAGAUAAUGAUAAAGUUUAAUAGGUUAAACCGUUUAACGACAGACUUUAAUGUAAUAGUAGAGGCCCUGAGCAAAUCAAAGGCAGAACUCAUGGAAAUAAGUGAAGAUAAAACUAAAAUUAGAAGAUCUCCCAGCAAACCCCUCCCUGAAGUGACUGAUGAGUAUAAAAAUGAUGUAAAAAACAGAUCUGUUUAUAUUAAAGGCUUCCCAACUGAUGCAGCUCUUGAUGACAUAAAAGAAUGGUUGGAAGAUAAAGGUCAAGUACUAAAUAUUCAGAUGAGAAGAACAUUGCACAAAGCAUUUAAGGGUUCAAUAUUUGCUGUAUUUGAUAGUAUUGAAUCAGCUAAAAAGUUUGUCGAGACCCCUGGCCAGAAGUACAAAGACACAGACCUGCUAAUACUUUUCAAGGAAGAUUACUUCACCAAAAAAAAUGAAGAAAGAAAGCAAAAUAAAAUGGAAGCUAAAUUACGAGCUAAACAAGAGCAAGAAGAAAAACAAAAGCUAGCAGAAAGUGCUGAAAUGAAAUCUCUAGAAGAAAAGAUUGGCUGCUUGCUGAAAUUUUCAGGAGACUUAGAUGAUCAGACGUGUAGAGAAGAUUUGCACACCCUUUUCUCAAAUCAUGGUGAAAUAAAAUGGAUACACUUUGUCAGAGGAGCCAAGGAGGGAAUAAUUCUAUUUAAAGAAAAAGCUAAGGAAGCACUGGAUAAAGCAAAAGAGGCCAAUAAUGGUAACCUACAGCUAAGGAACAAAGAAGUCACCUGGGAAGUAUUAGAAGGAGAUGUGGAAAAAGCAGCACUGAAAAAAAUAAUAGAAGAUCAACAAGAAUCUCUAAACAAAUGGAAGUCAAAAGGUCGCAGAUUUAAAGGAAAAGGAAAGGGAAAUAAAGCUGCCCAGGCUGGGUCUGCUAAAGGAAGAGUACAGUUUCAGGGGAAGAAAACUAAAUUUGAUAGUGAUGAUGAACGUGAUGCAAAUGGUGCAUCUGGAGCAGUAAAAAGAGCACGAGAAGAAAGCAACGAAGAAGAACCUCCAUCAAAACAACAGAAAACAGAAAAUGGUGCCGAAGACCAGUAG